AUGUUCUUAUCACUGAAACAUGGGCCGAAUCAGUUUUUCAGACCAACGAGUAUCUUCUCCAGUUAAUGUUCUAUCUAGAUUCCGUUUUGAAGUCCAAGGCACCUGCUACUAUGGCUCUAUUGUCAAAUCGGCCGUUGAGGAAUAUCGUCGAAGCCUAGCUAAAUCAAAAUCACAAAAAAAAACCAGUAUCGUCUUUAGACUUGGCUCAGCUGGUAGCAGAUAAACAUGAUAAAGGGGACCAAGACGCAUCUGUGUCUGAUCUUCGCCUUCUAUUCAUGUGCUGGUAGCUUUCGUUGGUAUGUUUAGAUGCGACGAACUCUGUUCGUAUGAAGGAUAUAUCUUCUAUUAUCAUAUGGCUUUGUACGUCCCAAGAAGGAAAAACAACAAGUACCACCAACGUCACAGUGUUCAUCGCCACAUCAGAGCAACAAUACUACGCACCAAAAUGGGUAUUGGAUCUUCUUCGCUGUGCUAUCAGGGAACAAAACGAUCUACGGUACUGGAGCUUUCUGAGGACAACAAUCACGGAGUUCAACGGAAAUAUGAUAUCGUUCAUCAGUCUGAAGAAUUAAUCCGCAUUAUAAACGAGGUUAAGGAGAAAGGAGUUAAGAUACUCCGCGUGGAAUUCACUGACAUCAAUGGCAUCACGCGAUGUAAGAUGGUAGCCGUAAACACUCUGGAAGAACUGUCAUCGACCCUAAAGAAGGGGGUUCUCUUUUCUCCGAUUUGCUUCAUGAAAGAUCCGGUAGGAGAAGGAUUCGAAUGUGAUUUCAAGAAAAACUAUUGGUUCUCUGAUAUGUGUGCCCUUCCAGAUCUGCGCACCUUUCGGGUUAUCCCUUGGCUUGAGGAUACGGCAGCGGUCUCAACAGUACUCUAUCACCUUAAUAUGAAAGACCCCGUGGUUGAGCAUCCGAGGAAUGUGGCGAACAAGCAACUCCAACGUUUGAAGGGUUUGGGGAUAUCACUGAUGAGUGCCUAUGAAUUGGAAUUCCGUCUUUGCGGCGACAGGGGUGAACAACUAGUUCAGGAACGAGUUGGAUUUUGUGCCAGUAGUAUCCUCCUUGCAACGGCCAGGGACUACAUCAAGCAGUUGUUUGAUUCUUUGCCGCGCGUCGGGGUAACUGUGGAUGCUAUACAUUCUGAGAGCCCCGACGGAUCUCUUGAAGUGUCUACGAAACCUUCAUUCGGAAUAAAGGCUGCUGAUGAGGCUGUUAUCUGCAAGGAUGCAUGUAAAGAAAUCGCUCUCUGCAACGGAUAUAAAGCACUAUUCAUUGCCGAUCCCGAUGGCACUGGGAGUGGGUUUACCCUUCAUUUGAACCAUUCUCUUUGGGACAAGUCUGGUAACGUGGUAUUCAACGCUACAACUGGUGACCUCACUGACACGGCUAAGCAUUGGAUUGCUGGUUUGCUUGCUCACGCACGGGCGUUGACACCCCUCAUGGCUUCCACCGUUAGCGGGAUCAAGAUGUUCGGUGCUUAUGAACUGGUCGAUUCGGUAGAACCGUCAUACAUUUCAUGGGGCAAACACAACCGCUCGGCUACUUUCCGCGUCAAGAAGAGCGAUGGACCAAGUGGAUCAUACAUAGAAAAUCGCCUUGGAAGGAUUGAUGCAGACCCAUAUCUUAUUCUUGCAGGUACCGUUGCUGCAGGAAUGGACGGUAUUAUCAACAAGAUACCUCUCCCAGAUGAAUGCACGGGAAACGCCCAUAAGGAUAUCCCUUCAAACACACCCAAAGUUCCCUGUGAUAUGAAGGAAGGUCUCGCAGCUUUGGUCCAAGAUAAAGUCCUUUGUGACGCCCUUGGCCAGGAAUUCAUUGACCUUCUAGUUGCUGCAAGAAAACACGGAAUUGCACUUUCCAAAGAAGAAAAGAUGAAAAAUUAACACGAUUUUGUUCAAAUGCUAAUUCGUUUAUUUCCACUUUUUUUUAACGAGGUAAUUCGCCUCGAGAAUCAAAUGUUUUUUUUUUAACAUUAAAAACUACAAUGUAACAAAUAACAUAAGCCUUAAACCAUGAAUGUGAUUAGGAACGGUAUCAAAUAUCCAUCACAGCUGUGACCUGCCACAUCAAAUCCAACCAGAAGCGGCCAAAAUUGAAUUUUGAGAAUUUCACCAAGCUUGAUAAAGCACAUCCUAACCUUCAAAGUGAAUUAUAACUUGACAGAAUUAAUCUACAAUAGCCCUAAUAGUUCUUGAUUGAAUGUAAAAGAAAGUCAGUGAAAGGUCCAAAGAAUACGGAUAAAACAAGGUUUAAAGUUCAGGGUUGAGUCAAGCAUGAGACCACUUCGUGAUCUCUAUGAAACUUCCAAGGAAAUUCUGCUAAAAACUUCUUUAUCAGGUCUUUUUUUUACUUCAUGACUUCAAAUCUUAACGUUAUGAAGAAGACGGGUUCCUUCUUGAGAUAAGCUGAUUUCUAGUUUUAAUUUUUAAAGAAAAAAAAAUCUUUUGACGGAGAACCUUCCCUGGAGUUGGCUAGUCACGAUAUAUAUUGGACUUUCUUAUUAUAAUAUCAUAAUCUUUCUUCAGUUUUCGUAUUUAUUGGAUUAGAAAUCACAAAAGAUAUGUCUUCCUUGUGUUUAUUUCAAGUCUGUUCACUUGUAACCUUAUUUGCAUUUUUCUAUUUUAGCAUUGAGGGCUAUGCCUAAUUUGAUGGGAUCCUUAUGGAGUAAUAUCAUCUUUUAUUGUCUGUAAAUAAUGUAAAACAGUUUGUUUGUUUUAUAUUAUUUCUAAGGAGGAUUUUAGUAUUAUCAUUUUUUUUGCAAUUCUGUAUAUGGGUGAAAAACACGGAAGCAAUAUAAACAUAUUUGAUCAAUUACAUGUACAUCAGCUUUGGCAACUCCUUUACUGUGAAAUCAAUAUAAUAUAGUAUCAUUAAUGUAUAAUAUUAUGGUGUUUCUUCAAUUUUACUAUUCCUUGGCUUAGAAAUCAUAAAAUAGGUCUUCUUUGUUUCUAUCUAAAGUCUGUUUUCUUUAACAAAAGUUUAAUUUUUCCAUUUUAGUAUCUAGAACAUUGAAUAUUUAGAAGGGAUUCUUAAGAAAUAAAAAUAAUAUUAUAUUGUCUUUAAGUAUAAGUUUGCUUUUUUUCUUUUGGUAAUUUUUAAGGAAUUAGCAUUAUAUAUGUAAUUUCUUUAAGGGUUAUGGUGUUAUAAUAUUUUUAUUAUACAAUAAAUGUAUAUAUUGGUAACGGGAAAAAUAUGAACAAAUUUGAUGAAUUACAUGUGACAGCUCUUGCAACUAUCUUAUUUAAACAUGUGAAAACAAUGCUAAGAGUAUUACUGAUGUCAUGGAUGUAUAAUGUUAUGGUGUUUCUUCACUUUUCGUAUUUCGUGGCUUAGAAAUCAUUAUGUCUUCUUUGAGUCUAUUUAAAGUCUGUUCAUUUGUAAUCGCAAUUUCUAUUUUUUUAUUUCAGGAUUUAGGGCAUUGCCUAAUUGGACGAUAACCUCUACAAUUGUUUAAAUAAAAUCUCUGAUAUCGUCUGUGAAAAACGUUAAAGUUUGGUUGCUUUGUAUUGACAAUUUUGAAGGUCUUCGUGAUUUUUGUUUACUUUUUGAGGGUUUUAAUGUUAUCAUUUUAUAAACAUGUAUAAUGGUAAAAAAAGGGAA